AUGGCGUCUGCAGCCGUAGCACGUGCCUCUGUGCCCCAGCCCGCUUCGACAUCGAACCCUUGUGAGCAUCCCUCUUCAGAUUUUGGGUGUUGUGGCAUUGGCAACACAGAUGGGUGUUCACCUCCUGACACGCUCGACGAGCUUAAACUGACGACCCCCUUUCGUCCGCCCUGUCGCUGCUUCCCCCGUGCAUCACUUCCGCUCCCCACAUCCUCGCAGCCUCCAAUCCAUCACAGUCGACACGGACAACGACUGGGUCCUCCAGUCAAGCCGGCAAGGAAAAUGCUCCACAACAGAAUGCCACCUCCACCAAGCCGGACCAACCCAAACCAGCUGCCGAGGAACCGCGCAAGAUUCGUUUCAGCGUCGGGUCAAAGUAUGCGGUCAGUCCCUCGAUCAAUCUCCAUUGUCUUCUAUUUGACACCUGAACCCCAAAGUUGACUUUAAGUUUAAAUUAAAAUCAGGUUCAAGAUGUCAUUGGAGAAGGGGCGUAUGGUGUCGUGUGCAGUGCGAUCCAUCGACCGACAGGACAAAAGGUUCGUUCGCGUGCCCUUUCCCCCCGAUUCGGUCUGGACUCGACGUGGCCGAUUGGACUCGUUUACGUCUGCUGGCCUUCGAGGAGUGCAGCAGAUGGACCGCAUAGCUGAAGUAGGCUCGAUAACCCAACCAACAGGUUGCCAUCAAAAAGAUUGCCCCUUUCGACCAUUCAAGUCAGUCGGUUCCGAUCGAUCCUUUGUUCGCGUCGAGUCAGCAGGACUGACGCCAAUGCAUGCAUCCAGUGUUUUGCCUCCGGACAUUGCGCGAGCUCAAGUUGCUGCGCUACUUUUCAGAGCAGAACGUUUCGGAAAAUGUGGGUGUGCUUUGGUGUUGCUGGCGAACCACUGAGAGCUCGUGUACUGACUGUUGGGUGCCUGGACACGACCCGCAGAUCAUCUCAAUCGUCGACAUCAUCAAGCCAACUUCCUUCGAUGGAUUCAAAGAGGUCAGAUUAACCGUCCAUAGCAUUCUGGUAUUUCGCUCAGGACUUAUGCUCGUCGCUUUGUACACAGGUCUACCUCAUCCAAGAAUUAAUGGAAACCGACCUUCACCGUGUGAUCCGUACCCAGAACCUCUCCGAUGACCACGUACAAUACUUUGCCUACCAAACCCUACGAGCGAUCAAAGCGUUGCACUCGGCCGACGUCAUCCACCGAGAUCUCAAACCUUCGAACCUCUUGCUCAACGCCAACUGUGAUCUCAAGGUGUGCGAUUUCGGUUUGGCGAGGAGCGUGACGACGGCCGAACCGAAUGGAGGAGAGACGGGGUUCAUGACGGAGUACGUGGCCACGAGGUGGUACAGGGCACCGGAGAUCAUGUUGACGUGAGUGUGAUUCCGAUCGUUUUUGUCGACCGUCGCGUACGGAAGUUUACUCUGCCCCACGGCACCACAGAUUCAAGCAAUACACGAAGGCGAUCGACAUUUGGUCUGUCGGAUGUAGUGAGUACUCCUACGGACCUGUAAUCUCACCUCGUGGGUGUUUUGUGACUUAUACCGCACAUUUUUAAAUCCGCAGUCAUCGGAGAGAUGAUCUCAGGUCGACCCCUGUUCCCGGGCCGAGAUUGUCAGUGCCGACGAGGUACUCGCUCCCAGCUUCGCUUUAUCACACUGACAACAUAUGCUUUCCUUAUGACCUCAGAUCAUCAUCAACUCACCCUGAUCCUCGACGCCCUCGGAACACCCACCCUCGAUGAAUUCUACGCCAUCAACUCGCGUCGCUCGCGCGAUUACCUCCGCGCGAUGCCGUUCAGGGCGAAGAAGCCUCUUUCGCAAAUCUACCCGACCGCUACGCCCGAGGCAUUGGAUUUGAUGGAGAAGUGAGUCGGACUACUGAUUGUGAUGUAAUAGUAUGAAGCUGAUUUGGUUUCCAUUGCUUGUGACAGGUGUUUGACUUUUGAUCCCAAGAAGCGAAUCACGGUCGAGCAAGCGCUCGCCCAUCCCUAUUUAGCAAACUACCGUGAGUAUUGAUGGCUAAUCGAGGAGUCACGCUGCACUGGCGAGGAUCAAAGAGAGUCUGAUUCGCCCCGUUUCAUAAACUAGACGACCCCGAUGACGAGCCCGUCGCCCCUCCCCUCGAACCGAGUUUCUUCGACUUCGACCACCAGAAGGACUCGAUCAGUCGCGAAGCGCUCAAGAAGCUGCUCUACGACGAAGUGAUGGCGUUCCAACCUCUGGUUUGA